AUGGCGUCGAGUAGUUAUCAGCGAAUGGAGGCAGCGGAGAAUAUGGCGAUUGUCACUAUUGACGAUGAAGAAGAGGCGAUAUUGUCCUAUGAUGCUAGUAAUACUACGGGAAAUGAUUAUGAUGACCGAUGGUGCAUUGUUGGAAGGUUCUUGACAGAAAGAUCCAUUGAUUUUGAUGCUAUGCAACAUUUGAUGGCAUCUCUUUGGCAACCGGGUAAAGGAAUGUUCAUUAAAGAAUUGGAUACUAAUCGAUACUUAUUUCAAUUCUACCAUGAGUUAGAUAACAAAAGCAUGAUUGAUCGCAGCCCGUGGAUGUUCAACAAGUUCUUGCUGACUUUCAAAAGGCUGAGGAGGGGGGAAGAUUCGAGAAUGUUAGAGCUGAAUGAGGUCGAUAUGUGGGUACAAUUACGUGAUCUUCGAUCGGGAUUUAAAACGGCAACGAUAGUCAUGAAUAUUCCAAAUUACAUUGGUAAGUUUGUUGAAUCGGAUGAGAAGAACUUCUUGGGGUUAUGGAGAGAUUAUUUACGUGUUCGUGUUACCAUCAAUGUUACGAGGCCACUUAAGAGGCUUAUGAAGUUGCGAAACACAGAGGGUAUCCAAUUUUGGGUAAACUUCAAGUAUGAACAUCUUCCAACAUUCUGUUUCAUAUGUGGGAUAAUGGGCCAUUCGGAUAAAUUUUUCCCUAGACGCUUUGAUGUCCCAGAUGGAAGGAUUGUUAAACCAUAUGGGGAAUGGAUGAGGGUGAAGCCAGUGCGUAAGAAUCAUACAAUUGGGGCUAAAUGGCUGAAGCAAUUCAUGGUGGGUAUGGAAGAUGAUAUCGGUAAUGAUGCUGCCAUGGCUGUUGGAUUGGUUCAUCGUUCAAAGGCGAGGGAAGAAUCGGCUACAGGUCGCGGCAUAACAAUCCCUGUGAUUGUGGAGGAGAACAUGGGUCAACAAGAAGAUAAAUGUGGACAGGUAGAUAGAUCAAUGCUUACUAGACAUAUCCCUAUAAACGUGGAGAGGGAUAUGUUGACUGAGUUAAAUCAUGAAAUAAAUCCUCAAAAUGAGGAGGAUUGUUUAUUGGUGGUUAAUUCAAAGAGAAGGAGAAUGGAGUUGGGCUUAACAGAUAGGUCGAAGGAAGUGAGGGAUGAGGUGGAUAUGAACCAAGUUGAGGAGGGUUCAACAAACACAUGCUCGGUGGGUAUUGGUAUCCAGGCCCACCGCCCAUUAUGA